AUGGAUCUCCAAGAUGCGCAGAAAUUCGUGGUCCAGUCUAUCCAUGACAUCCGGAAUACGUUUCAGAAGGUUCCUGGCUCGGCCAUGCUGAUCCGGUAUAUCCAGUCGAGCUACCAAGAUGAUCCGGUUCGUUCGGCCAUUGAGUUGAUUCUGGUGAUCUUCUUCGUGCGGUACCUGCUGGCGCCGUCGUAUGCUACGCAUACGGGCAAUUUCGUUACUUUGACUGAAGAGGAGAUUGAUGAGCUGGUUGAUGAGUGGCAGCCCGAGCCUUUGGUUGCGCCGCAGACGACAUUUGAGGAAGCGGAGCAGGAGAAGCUGCCGGUGAUUGUUGGACCAACCGGUCCAAAAGUCAAGCUAUCCAACGGCCGAACAGCAACGAAUCUCGCAUCCUACAACUUCUACAACUUCGUCGGCAACGAGCAGGUUAAAGAAAAAGCUAUCCAGACCCUACGAACAUACGGCGUCGGACCUUGCGGACCUCCCCAAUUCUACGGCACUCAGGAUGUUCACAUGAAGACGGAGGCGGAUAUUGCGUCUUGUCUGGGCACCCAGGGCUGUAUCGUCUACGCGCAGGCAUUCUCUACGAUUUCCAGUGUUAUCCCGGCGUUUUGCAAGAGAGGUGAUAUCAUCGUAGCAGAUCGGGCGGUUAACUAUGCUAUUCGAAAGGGGCUGCAGAUUUGCAGGAGCACGAUUAAGUAUUACGAGCACAAUGACAUGGAAGAUUUAGAGCGUGUGCUGCAGAAGGUUGUUAAGGACCAGGCGAAGAAGCCGCUGACGAGGAGGUUCAUUGUUACGGAGGGCUUGUUCGAGACGGUUGGGGAUUGUUCGGAUUUGCCGAAACUGGUCGAGUUAAAGCUCCGCUAUAAGUUCCGCCUCAUGCUCGACGAGACCUGGUCCUUCGGCGUCCUCGGCAGAACAGGUCGGGGUCUAACGGAGGCACAAAACUUAGAUGCAUCCCAAAUCGAUAUGCUGGUCGGAUCACUUGCGGGACCUCUCUGUGCCGGUGGUGGGUUCUGCGCUGGGUCGACAGACGUCGUCGAGCAUCAGCGUAUCUCAGCGGCUUCAUAUACCUUCUCAGCAGCUCUACCUGCAAUGCUUGCCACCACGGCAAGUGAAACGCUCAACAUGCUCCAGACCAACCCCGAAAUCCUGAUGCAGUGCCGCGAGAACAUAAAAGCUCUACGCGCACAGCUAGAUCCCCGCAGUGACUGGGUGCGCUGUACAAGCGCGCCGGAAAAUCCGAUCAUGCUGCUUGUUCUCAAGCCCGAGGUCGUCAACUCUAGACGCCUAGGCACGGAGGAGCAGGAGCGGAUAAUGCAGGAAUGUGUUGACGAGGCCCUCGCAAACGGCGUCCUCAUCACCCGCCUGAAAAGCAUGCCCGUAGCCCACGGUAGCAACGGCAAAGACGACGCAUGGAAACUACAACCCGCGCUCAAAAUCUGCGUCACCACCGGUCUCUCGAAGAAAGAGAUCGAGAAGGCUGGUGUUAUCAUUAGACAUGCUGUUACGAAGGUCUUGACGAGGAAGACGAGUAGUAAGCUUGCGUUGCCCGGUACGAGUUGA